UUUCGUUGUCUUAACAAACAAACAUAGUUACAUAUCCAGGUGAUUUUUCUUUUAAGUAUAAAAAAAUAGCUUAAUUUAAUGGCAGACGAUUUGCAAAACUACAAAUUGCAGUUACAGCAGGUAGAAGCAGCGCUGCAAACAGAUCCAAAUAAUGAAGAACUUUUGAAACUAAAAAGUGAUUUAGAGGAGGUCAUUACAUUAACACGUGAUUUGAUUAAAACACAUUUAGAAGAACAGCAAAAGUCUUCGUAUGUAGAGCCCUCGUCAUCUAAAACAGCGUCCUCAAACUAUUUUGAUGAAAUCGAAGCUGCUCUUUUGGAAGCGGAAAAAUUAGUCACUGCUGCUAAAGUAUGGAAGAUUGGUGACAAAUGCCAAGCUAAAUGGAAGGAAGAUCGACAAUACUACGAUGCAACUAUAGAGGGUAUAACUAGCGAAGGCGAAGCCAGUGUUAUAUUUGAUGCCUAUCAAAAUCGUUCCACAACUACUGUGAGCGAAUUGCGUGAACGUAAUACACGUAACGAAGUUUUUCCGUCAACCAAACGUCACAGGCCAAAUCAAAAAGAAUAUUUAAAAAAAAGAAAACAAAAGAAACAACAGCGCUUUAAGGACUUGGAAGAAGAGCGUGAGUCUGAUAAAAAUAAAUGGAUUCACUUUACCACUAAAAAUCAAAAAAAGCCAGGAAUGAAAGUAAAGAGCAUAUUUGCAUCACCGGACAAUGUAAGUGGUAGAGUUGGAAUCGGUACAUGUGGAACGGCAGGAAAAGGCAUGACUGAUUUUACUGUUGGAGAAAAAUACCGUAAGGGUCUCUGAAAAGUAAAAAAAAUUUGAGAUAAAUUAGAGUAAAUACUGUAUUUUGAUUAUAAUAAAUUUACAUUUUGGUGUCAUACGAAAAACUCAAUAUAUGUGUUAAAGCCAUCUUUGUUGAUUUUAUAACUUGAUAACUCCACAAAAAUUCUUUCGCUGCCAAGUGGUAUUAGUUUUUGUAUUAUUAGUUCGAUUCGGAUUAUAAAUAAAUUAUAAAUUUAAUCCA